AGGGAUUUGAAUUGCUUAUAAAUACCCUCUGAGUCUGAGAGCACACGAGACGAUCUCCAUCUCCUCUGGCUUUGCCAUUCUGCAGUGCUCCCUGUCAGGCUUGGCCAGGAACCAUGAGGCUCUGGGUCUGCGUCGCGUUGCUCUUCACUGUUCUGUGUGCAAGAGCUGAGAGACCAAGGAUAGUCCAAGGAGCAAUCCGAGCUGGACAAUUUGUCCGGGAUGCAGUGGGAGGGGCGAGGGAUAUGUACAGAGCAUACAAGGACAUGCGUGAGGCAAAUUACAGAGGAGCCGACAAGUAUUUCCAUGCCCGUGGGAAUUAUGAUGCUGCCCGGAGAGGACCUGGGGGUGCUUGGGCAGCGAGAGUGAUCAGCGACGCCCGGGAGAACUGGCAGAGCGGUGUGAGCGGCAGAGGCGCCGAGGACACCCGGGCGGACCAGGAGGCGAACCGGUGGGGCCGGAGCGGCGGGGACCCGAACCGCUACCGGCCCAAGGGGCUGCCCAGCAAAUACUAGCGCUGUCCUCCGCUGCUGCCACACCUCUCUUUGUACAGCCUAAUAAAGAGAUCCUCCUGAGAA